AUGAGUUGUGAAGAGUAUAAACGCUGGACAGACCGAUGGGAUACACAAUAUUUUCUCGAGAAGAAUCACAUAGACGGUGAUGGUCAAGUGAGACUAUGCUUAUUCUGCGAGGAAGUAUUCCAGGUACCCUAUGGCUCAAAUAUUACUCGCUGUCCCAGCAGGAGAUGUAAGUGGGAAUACGACGAUGAAGGGAACUACCGUCACUGGCAUGGCUACAAGAGGACUUUGAGAAAGCGGGCCUUGAAACAUGCUAAUGCAUUGGGUCAGAAGAUCAAUUUCUGUAGCGAAUGUAUAUGUGCUGAAGCACGCAGACAAAGAUUUGAAAAGAAUGAAACCGAGAACUUCAAGAAGUAUGUCGCGAACUACUUCAGUUCAAAGAAAGAACGAAGAAAAAUGAAUGAAACGAGGAACCUA